CACUCUCAGACCGCUCAGCACAUCCGCCUGUCGGCGCCCACCAUGGCUACCGUUCAGCAGCUGGUAGGAAGAUGGCGUCUGGUAGACAGCAAAGGCUUUGAUGAAUACAUGAAGGAAAUAGGAGUGGGCAUGGCUCUGCGAAAAAUGGGUGCAAUGGCCAAACCUGAUUGUAUCAUCACUACUGAUGGUAAAACCCUCACCAUCAAAACGGAAAGCACUUUGAAAACAACACAGUUUUCUUGUAACCUGGGAGAAAAGUUUGAAGAAACUACAGCUGAUGGCAGAAAAACUCAGACUGUCUGCAACUUUACAGAUGGUGCUUUGGUUCAACAACAGGAGUGGGAUGGGAAGGAGAGCACAAUAACACGAAAACUGGAAAAUGGGAAAUUAAUUGUGGAAUGUGUUAUGAACAAUGUCACCUGUACUCGGACCUACGAAAAAGUAGAAUAAAAAUUCCAUCUUUACUUUGAAUAGUAAUUAGCUGUGAGAAUGAACAAGCUCAGUUCAAUGAGCAAAUCUCCACACUGCUUUUUUUGUUUUUGUUUUUUUCAUUAUUGUGUUCAAUUAUUUCUCACACAGACAUUUACAUGCAAUUGUUUCAAAGUGUUGGUUUAAUUAGGAUCAUCCCUUUGAUUAGUAAAUAAAUGUGUUUGUGCUCAUA